UUCCAAAAAUAGAAAUAAAAAUAAAAUUUGAGAGACAGAGAGCUUCUUAUCCAAAGGAAGAGAAGAAGAAAGAAAGAAAGAAGGAGAAGAAUGGCAAUGGUACCUUCCUCAUCUCUGCAACUCCCGAAGCCCUUCUCUACCCCAUUCGCUUCCUCCUCCUCCAAACCCCACGCGCUCCUCUCUCCCAAACCCCUCCUCUCCUUCUCCGUCAAAGCCACCGACUCCGACUCCGAUUCCAACCCCGACACUGAACCUAGCACUAACGCCGACGAAUCAUCCACCUCAUCACAACCUUCUGAACCCGACGCCUUCGACAGCCGCCUCGCGGAGGUCCGGCUCCGGUACCGCUCGGGCAGCGGAAAGAAGGCGGAUGUCCGGAAGGGCCGGAAAUCAAAGAAAUCCUCUUCCAGCUCUGGCCCCGGAGUCUUCCUGCCGCCGGUGCCUCUGAAAGAGCCGGUAUCCGGAGGUCUGAAGGUAGAUUUCGGAUUCAGCCCGUACUCGGAGAGAGUGAACGGUCGCAUCGCGAUCUUGGGACUAGGAGCGCUACUGUCGGUGGAGCUGGCUACGGGUCAGAGCGUGAUAAGGUACCACUCACCGGCGAUCAUAUUCAUACAGGUGUACUUUGUGGCCGCUGUUUCCGCUUUGUACGUCAAGUAUGAGAAGGAGAGUGUUAGCAUUUGGCCUGAAUCUUCACCUGCCAAGAAAUAAUUCUGAAUUUCCUAAGACAUAAAACACUAAUUAAUUAGGGUUCUAAGAUUUGCAAUCUUGUAUUAGCAAUUUUAUUGUAAUUCUUUAUCAUGUGGAAAGCAUCAUGUGUUUUUUCUCUC